UGUUUUUUGUUUACGGGAUUCAUGCAUCAUCAGGUUAUGGAAGGAGUCUGCAACCCUACAUGCCCAAUGUGUGUGCGGAGCAGGAGCGGAUGCUGGUGGCACAGAGACAGCCCUGUGUCCAGGCCUUCACACGCAUGGUCAAAGUGUGGAGGCAGGGCUGCUCAGGCCAGCUGUGGUGCAUUGGCUACGAGAGGAGGACUGCUUACUACACGGCAUAUAGGCAGGUCUACAGACAGGAGUACCAAACUGUCUACAGGUGCUGCCCUGGAUGGUCACAGCUCAAUGGAGAAGCGGGCUGCCUUUAUCAUAUCGACGAGUGUCAGGUCCACAACGGGGGCUGCCAGCACAGAUGCGUGAACACCAGGGGCUCCUACUACUGCGAGUGCAACCCGGGGUCCCGCCUGCACACAGACGGCCGCACCUGCAUCGCCGUCCAUUCUUGCGCGGUCAGCAACGGCGGCUGUGAGCACGACUGCGUCCAGCUCUCUCCUGCCCACUUCCAGUGCCGCUGCAGACACAACUACCAGCUGGCCGAGGACGGCAAGCACUGCAGGCUGCGGAGUGCGUGUGCGGACAGGAAUGGCGGCUGCAUGCACAGGUGCCGCAGCGACGGGGGCCGCGCCGUGUGCGACUGUCACGCUGGGUUCAGGCUGGCAGAGGACGACAGGAGCUGUGAAGACAUCAACGAGUGUGAGACAGGCCAGGCGUCCUGUGCCCACGGCUGCCACAACACCCGCGGGUCCUUCACCUGCGUCUGUAACCCUGGGUACGAGCUGGGCGCGGAUGGCAAGCAAUGCUACCGCAUCGAGAUGGAGAUCGUCAACAGCUGCGAGACGGCCAACGGGGGCUGCUCCCACCACUGCCAGCACUCCACCCACGGCCCCGUCUGCAGCUGUAACCACGGCUACCAGCUGGAUGACGACCUGAAGACCUGUGUGGAUCUGGACGAGUGUGGAGGGGGAAGCUCUUGCUGCGAGCAGGACUGUACCAACUACCCAGGGGGGUACGAGUGCUACUGCGGGGCAGGAUACCGGCUCAACUCGGACGGAUGCGGCUGUGAUGAUGUGGACGAGUGUCUCUCUGACAACGGGGGCUGUGAGCACACCUGCCAGAACACGGCUGGAUCCUUCCAGUGCUACUGUCAGCUGGGACACCGCCUUGAGGAGGACCGGCGUUCCUGCGUCCCGCUAGACGGGGCGGUGGAGGCUCUGACCAGUCGCCUGGCAGUGGAGCGGCCGCGACCCCAGAUCACGUUGCUGCAGGACUACGCCCAGCCCCUGGAGCGCUACGACGACUACGACGAGAGUCUGGGGGAGCUCCGUGCAGAGAGCGUCCUCUCUGAGAAAUUCGUGUGUCUGAAUGACACCUUUGGCCAUGACUGCAGCCUGACCUGUGAGGACUGCUCCAAUGGUGGGGUGUGCAAUCAGGCAGGGGAUGGCUGCGACUGCCCUGACGGCUGGACAGGGGUCAUCUGCAACCAGACCUGUCCUGAGGGCACCUUUGGCAGGAACUGCUCCUUCACCUGUAAGUGCAAAAACGGCGCCACCUGUGACCCGGUGAGCGGGUACUGCCGAUGCCCACCUGGCGUCAGUGGGGACAUGUGCCAGGAUGGCUGUCCCAAGGGCCUAUACGGCAAGCACUGCAACAAGAAGUGCAACUGCGCCAACAACGGCCGCUGCCACCGCACCUACGGGGCGUGUCUGUGUGACCCGGGGCUCUACGGGAGGUUCUGCCACCUGCCGUGCCCUAAGUGGGCGUUUGGGCCAGGCUGCUCAGAGGAGUGUCAGUGUGUGCAGAAGAACACCCUGGAGUGUCACCGUCGCCACGGCACCUGCACCUGCAAGCCAGGUUACCAGGGCAAGACCUGCAAGGAUGAGUGCGACUCGGGCUUCUACGGCUCCGGGUGCAAGAGGAAGUGCGAGUGCCCGUCGGGCGUGUCAUGCGAUCAUGUGACAGGGGAGUGUCUUCGGCAGUGCCCGGCCGGUCUGCAGGGCGACAGCUGCGACCGAGACUGUGAUGCGGGGACUUACGGGACAGGGUGUGCCCAUUCGUGCCAGUGCUCCGGAGCUCCGUGUGACAAGGUGUCCGGCCGGUGCCACUGUCCCCCCGGGAAGAUGGGAGGACACUGCGAAACAGAGUGUGUGGACGGGCGCUGGGGGCAGGGGUGUAAGGAGCUAUGCCCGGCCUGUGAGAAUGGAGGAACAUGCGACAGCCGCAACGGCACCUGCCACUGCCCGCCGGGAUUCAUGGGAAAACUCUGCCAGAACGCCUGCCCAGCGGGACGCUUCGGCCUCGGGUGCCAGCUGCGUUGUCUGUGUGAGAACAGCGGGCGCUGCCACCCUGUCAGUGGGCGCUGUACCUGUGCCGCUGGGUGGACCGGACACAACUGCAGGAGAGCGUGUGACGCGGGGCGGUGGGGACCGGACUGUGCCAGCCCGUGCGACUGCAGGAACAGCGACGGGAGCUGCGACGCGGUGACCGGCCAGUGCAGCUGCGAGGCGGGAUUCACGGGAACGCGCUGCGAUCAGAAAUGUCCUGCUGGCUCGUUUGGACCUGGCUGCCGGCACCGGUGCCAGUGUGACAACAAAGGGACGUGUGACCAUGUCAGCGGUGCCUGUACGUGCCUGGCAGGCUGGACCGGAACAUUCUGCGAGAAACCCUGUCCGGAGGGCUUCUUUGGGCUGGAGUGUCAGGAGCAGUGUAACUGUCUGAACGGGGGGCGAUGCUUCCACCUGAGCGGGGAGUGUCUCUGCCCAGCAGGAUGGGUCGGCCCGCACUGCAACUCCACGUGCCCGUCGGGAUCUUACGGUGAGGGCUGUAACCAAACCUGCCGCUGCCACAACAAUGCCAACUGUGACCCUGUGAGUGGGCAGUGCCACUGCACAGCAGGCUGGACUGGAGUCAGCUGCCAGCAAGCGUGUCCGGCGGGUCUCCAUGGGCCAGGCUGUAGCCAGCGCUGCUUGUGCCAGAACGGGGGAACCUGUGACCGGGUCAGCGGGCGCUGCACGUGCCCCGGUGGCUGGACCGGGGUGGCCUGUGAGCUCGAGUGUGCCCAGGGACACUUCGGGGCGGACUGCCAGCAGAGGUGUAAGUGUGAGAACGGGGGUCAGUGUGGCCGACAGAGCGGAAGGUGCACCUGUGGCCCGGGGUGGAUCGGGGAGCGCUGUCAGACAGCGUGCCCGGUGGGUCGUUUUGGGCUGGGCUGCGAGGAACACUGCAGAUGUGAGCACGGCGCCCCCUGCCACCACAUCAGCGGAGCCUGCGUCUGUCCCCCUGGCUGGAGGGGCCUGCUCUGUGACAAAGCGUGCUUGCCGGGAACCUUUGGGGAGAACUGCGCGCAACGCUGCUCCUGUCCCCCGGGCACUUCCUGUAACCACGUGUCCGGCGAGUGCGGCUGUCCCCCGGGCUUCACUGGCAAUGGCUGUGAGCAGACGUGUCUGCCUGGCACAUACGGGCUCAACUGUAACCAGGUAUGCCAGUGCUCAGAGGCCAACCAGCUGUGCCACCCCGUCACUGGUCUCUGUUACUGUGCGCCCGGCUACCAUGGCAACAACUGCGAGCUCGAGUGUGACAGUGGCUGGUACGGACCUAACUGCGAGCGUCAGUGCCAAUGUCAGAACCAGGGCGUGUGCCAGCCCACGACGGGCACCUGCGAAUGCCCACCUGGUUACAUAGGAGCGGACUGCAACAUCACAUGCCCGGCGGGUCGCUACGGGCAGGACUGCGCCCGGGUGGCGCUGUGCGGAGAGGGGGCGAGGAGCGACCCCGUCACGGGCAGGUGUGUGUGCACCGCCGGGCGGAGAGGAGAGGACUGCGAGCAAGGGUGUGGUCAGGGCUUCUUUGGGGAAGACUGUUCUCAGAUCUGUAACUGCACCAAUGGAGGAGUGUGUGAUCCUGUCUCUGGGAAGUGCGCCUGUGGACUGGGCUGGACUGGACCCAACUGUGCGGCUGAGUGCCCCCUAGGGAGAUACGGUGCUAACUGCAAGCUGCAGUGCGAGUGUCAGAACAAUGGAACGUGUGACAGAGUGACAGGUGUCUGUCAGUGUAAGCCUGGAUACUACGGACACCUCUGCGAACAUGCCUGCCCGCCUGGUUUCCAUGGGCCGCGCUGCCAGCUACUGUGUGACUGCAGAAACAGCGCCCCCUGUCACCCCAGCACCGGCCACUGCAUCUGCCCCCCCGGGUACCAAGGGCACCGCUGUGAGAGAGAGUGUGAGCAGGGCCGGUUUGGGGAGCACUGCGCCCGGACGUGUGACUGUGACGAGGCCACCCCAUGUGACCCCAUGAGCGGCAGGUGCCUGUGUCCCCCUGGCAGGACCGGGGCCAGAUGUGACAUAGGUUGUGGUGUUAAUCGUUUCGGACCCGACUGCUCACUGACCUGCGAGUGUGGGAACGGGGCGCAGUGUGACCCCCGGAAUGGGCACUGCACCUGUUUAAACAGCUGGAUAGGUCUCACCUGUCAGGAAGGUGGGCCUCCUCGACCCCCUCACCACCUGAACGGAAGCAGAUGGGAUGACCACACACACCUGUAUGCCCCUGUAUAGCACCACCUGCUGGCUGGUCUCGAUCAACACCCCACUGAGUUUCCUCACUUCUACAGAGUCCCACCAAACCAUGUGGAAACAGAAAGUGAACACAC